CUGAGUUCCGCUCUGACGCCUUAUGUGGUAAGGACCUUCCGGGCUGUGCGCACCACGUCACAUCCGCUUCCUCCUUUCCCUUCCGCUCUGUCAACAUGGCGCCGAUGAAACCGAAGAGACCAACUGUUGGUAGAAAGGCCAAGAAGGGAGCAGCCUGGAGGUUCACCUUGGACCUGACCCACCCUGUGGAGGACGGGAUCCUGGACUCCGCAAACUUUGAAACCUUCCUCAAAGAGAGGAUAAAGGUCAAUGGAAAGACGGGGAAUCUAGGGAACACCGUCCAGGUGGGACGCAUGAAGAACAAGAUCAACGUCUCGUCUGAGAAGCAGUUCUCCAAAAGGUAUCUGAAGUACCUGACAAAAAAGUACCUGAAGAAGAACAACCUGCGUGACUGGCUCCGAGUGGUGGCGUCGGACAAGGAGACGUACGAGCUGCGUUACUUCCAGAUCAGCCAGGACGACGAGGAGUCCGAGACAGACGAGUAAACGGCGGCAGCGGAGCGACACAGGUGUCUGUGUCAGCAGGUGCUGCAAGACACCAGAAUAAAUGUGGAAAACAAA